AUAUAUAUAGUUGAGAAGUGUGAUAUUAUCUCUAAAAUAAAAUUGAUUUGCCUUAUUAAAGAGAGUACAAGAGGAGGAAGGAAAAUUAACUAUAACAACCUAACUACUUAGGAGAAACGCAAAGAUGGAAUGGAGAAAAUGCUAUUUGGAUGUCAUAUUGGUUCCUUUGGGAUUUCUUAUAAGCAUUGGUUACCAUUUGUGGCUUUGGCAUAAGGUUAGAACUCAACCACAUACAACCAUUGUUGGCAUCAAUGCAAGUGGUCGUAGAAAUUGGGUUGAUGCUAUGAUGAAGGACAAUGAUAAGAAAAACAUCCUAGCUGUUCAAUCACUUAGGAACACAAUCAUGGGGGCCACAUUAAUGGCCACAACCUCAAUUCUACUAUGUUCAGGUCUAGCAGCAGUUAUAAGCAGCACUUAUAGUGUGAAGAAACCACUCAAUGAUGCAAUUUAUGGUGCACAUGGAGAAUUCAUGGUAGCACUUAAAUAUGUCACACUCCUCACAAUUUUCCUCUUCUCAUUUUUCUGCCACUCUCUUGCAAUAAGGUUCAUAAAUCAAGUGAACAUUUUAAUCAACACACCUCAAGAUCCUAUGUCACUUGUGACACCUGAAUAUAUAUUUGAAAUUUUGGAGAAAGGUUUCAUUUUAAAUGCCGUUGGAAAUAGGCUUUUCUAUGCAGGGCUUCCUAUGUUGCUUUGGAUUUUUGGUCCUGUUUUGGUUUUUCUUUGUUCUAUUACUAUGGUUCCUGUGCUUUAUAAUCUUGAUUUUGUGUACACUAGUGGGAAGGGAAAAAUGGAUGUGGAUCAAAAGGAGGAUUAUGUUUGAAUUGUAAUAUAUUAAAUUAAAUAUACUAAAUAUAUAUGUGGAAGAUUUGCUAUAUUGUUGUAGUGACAUUAUUACAAUCUUUAUAAUAUUGUAACAUUGUUGGUAAAAAUUCUGCAAAUUAAAAGGUUUUGUUCAAUAA